AUGAGUGAAGAUAGCCUUACAGAGCAGAGCUUAACAUCAGACGAAACUCACAAAUCAUCCAGUAUGAGUACACUGGGCAUUCCAAUUAUUCCCCCGCGACCAAGAUCCAAAAAUCGUGAAAAAUCCACCACGUCACUAAUGUCGAAUUCGUCUGGCAAGAGUUCAGAACCUGAACCCAAAACCACCACCAAAGAUGAGAAAGAGAACAAUGGCAAGAGUGAAGCACCGGAAUUGGAGUUAUUAGAUGCAUAUGGCGAUGAUCCUGAGGAACCCGGAGACAAAACGACACAACAAUUACAAUCUGAUGGGAUUCAAAGCAGAUACACUGACUCUGUUAGCCCCGAUUCUCUUGAAGAGCCACCACAAGAUACAGAAGAUGAGAAUGUUCCUAUGAACCACCAAACAAACGACCAAGAUCUCGUGGAUGGUGAUAAAACCCCUGGUAAUUCUAAUACCAAAGCCUCGUUCAAGGAGGAUUUAGACGACGCUAACGCAACAGAUAAUGAGACUUCAAGUUUCAAUGACGACAUGGAGACGGUUUUGCAGGAAAGCCACGACUCGAGCGAUGAUGCAUCAGAUCAUUCUAAUCGUGCAGACUCUCUAACUCAAGACAUGCCUGUUGGUCAAUUGCAAGGAUCUCCAAUCGAACUUUCGAAAAACGAGGAAGUCAAAUACGGUUCUAAGGAGAAUGAAGUCAAUGAAAUCAAGAAGGAGGAUCAACCCAACAACGCGUCAACGGGGGACAAGGAUGAACACAUUAUAAAACCGGAGCAGGAAAACCCUUUGACUAAUGACGAACCACGCAAACAGGUCAAGGCAGACCAAGAUAGCCCUACAGAGAAGUCUAUAACCACAGCUAGCAAAGUCCCGGUGAUACCUGCACGACCUGUUCGUAGACCAACGACAACCCAUUCUUCGUUAAGCUCUGAUAAGGAACCCAAAUUGGAAGAAUCUGCACAAUCAACACCAGUUAAUAAUGAUCUUGAACCACAAAAUGUGGCAUCCGAUGAUACUGUAAACAGAUCAUCUGGAACAAACAACACGAGUCAAGAGGAGAAUAGAAUUGUAUUAAAUGAAGCCGUCGAAACCAACGCUAGUAUCCCUUCAGAGAAAUCCCCGGUACCAACUAUUCCUGUAAGGCCAACCAAGAAACAAGUCGACUCGAAACUGGCACCAAAGGCUCCGCCUCCAAAGCCCAAGAAAUUAUCAAGUAAGAUUGAAGCAUUUCAACAACAACUCUUUCAUUCUUCUUCCAGCCACGGGUUAUCAUCGAAACCUGGAACUGGUACAAGUAAUGAAGAUGACGGCGCCACUAAAGGCUCGUCUGUGCACCGAAAGGUAUUUGAAACGAGUGGUAUACCACUUCCUGGUAUGUUUAAUCCUGCAAUGCGUCCUGUGGCAAGAGAGCCAAAGCUUUCAUCAAGAGAGGAAUUACCCAAAGAAGCAAAGACAACAAAGACGACAAAGAGAGUGCGUGGUCCUAAGGGAAAGAGGUUACCUCAAGCUGUUGCUAAUGCAAAUGUUGUCUCAGAGAAAAGCAGGGAUUUGGAGAAAGGAAGUUUGUGGGCAUUCACAUUUACUAAAACUAAAUCUAGCAAAAUUGAUAACGAUGGCCACGAAAACACUUCUAUAAAAGACGCAGGGACGACUGAACCAUUCCACGAACCUGCUGAGAUAUCCAUAUCCGGUCUGCACUCAGGGAGUGUCGGGGAUUUGUUGGAAACUCAAGUUAUGAAAAUCAACCUGAAUGCGGAGGAACCACAGCCCUUACCAAUUCAACGUUCAAACAUAUUGACGGAAUCGGAUCUGAAAACCGAUAUCUCAGACGGUGAAGAAAUUGCUGAGUCUUGA